CGUGGAAGCGGCCGCGGAGCGGCUCCUUUAAGCCUCCGGCGCCGCCUCCCCCGCCCCGCCCCCGGCGCGGCCUGGGUCUGGUUGGCGGCGGGGUCCGGUCCGCGCCGACCGCGAUGGAGCUGCACAUCCUAGAGCACCGGGUGCGGGUGCUGAGCCUCGCCCGCCCCGGUCUUUGGCUGUACACGCACCCACUUAUCAAGCUGCUAUUCCUGCCCCGCCGAAGCCGGUGCAAGUUCUUCAGCUUGACGGAGACUCCCGAGGAUUACACGCUCAUGGUGGACGAGGAGGGCUUCAAAGAGCUGCCCCCAUCCGAGUUCCUGCAAGUGGCUGAGGCCACAUGGCUGGUGAUGAACGUAUCAUCCCACAGCGGCACAGCAGUGCAAGCUGCUGGGGUCACCAAGAUCGCCCGCUCCGUCAUUGCACCGCUGGCCGAGCACCACGUAUCUGUGCUCAUGCUGUCCACUUACCAGACAGACUUCAUCCUGGUGCGGGAGCAGGACCUGUCUGUGGUGAUUCACACGCUGGCCCAGGAGUUCGACAUUUAUCGAGAGGUGGGCGGGGAGCCUGUGCCUGUUGCCAGGGAUGAUUCCAGCAAUGGCUUUCCCCGAGCUCAGCAUGCAGGGCCCAGCCCCACGGUGCAUCCCAUUCAGAGCCCGCAGAACCGUUUUUGUGUCCUUACGCUGGACCCUGAGACGCUACCAGCCAUUGCCACCACCCUCAUCGAUGUCCUCUUCUACUCCCACAGUGCCCCCAAAGAGGCAGGCCCUGGCGAUCCUGGACCCAGCUCCAUCACGUUCUUUGCCUUCUCCCUCAUUGAGGGCUACAUCUCCAUCGUCAUGGAUGCCGAGACGCAGAAAAAGUUCCCCAGUGACCUCCUGCUGACCAGCUCCUCAGGAGAGCUGUGGAGGAUGGUGCGCAUUGGCGGACAGCCCCUGGGUUUUGAUGAAUGUGGGAUCGUGGCGCAGAUCGCGGGUCCCCUGGCUGCGGCCGACAUUUCUGCCUACUACAUCAGCACUUUCAACUUUGACCAUGCCCUGGUGCCUGAGGACGGCAUCGGCAGCGUCAUCGAGGUCCUCCAGCGACGGCAGGAGGGCCUGGGCUUAUGAGGCCUAAGGGGAACAGCGGCCUCUGUGGUCCUCCUCAUCCCCAGGCUUCCAGAGACUUCUCUAAGCUAUUUCCUCAAGCUCUGGGAUGAGCCCACUUCCCUCUCCUUCCUCCUGCAUUUGUGCGGGGGGACCCUGCAGAAGGAGGGGCCUUCUGCUGUCUGUAUGUAAGCUGCGGCAGGCACCGGCUCUCACGUGGACACACGUGUCUGCCCACACGGGAACACGGUGCUCGGGGCUUCCACUAGGAAGCCCUCAACCCAUCACUCCCUGGCAGCCUCGGCGUUUGCACAUUCCCUGCCUGAGGCCCAAGCCAUCUCCCCUUAGUGCCCUGGGAGAGCUGCUCCCUAAUCUCCGUUCUGCCUCUGGCUGGGUUGCCUUCCCCCGCCAGGUGAGUUCCGACAGUGCCUCCCCCUCCCGGGGCCUCGAAGAAAAGUAUUUUUACGUCUCUCUCUCUCUCUCUCUCUCUUUUUUCUUUUUAUCAACUUGUUAAUAAAGGGCUUGU